AUGGAAGCACCUGCCGCAGCACCUGCCGCAGCACCUGCCGCAGCUGCACCUGCGGCUCCUGCGGCUCGUCGAAUUGUUCCCCUGUUCAUUGUGGUGGACGAGAACAUGGACCAGCGGACGAUCGACGAACUGAUUCGAGUUGCCGCCUUGAACGACGCCCCUCCCGACAUUACUCUGGUGGUGCAGCAAACCGAAUACGACCUGGCCUUGGCCAUUCGAGAGGCCGUGAGAGCCGAUGAUCGGAUCCGCUAUCUGACUGAUUUCGAAUGCGUCCAGUUUGCCAUUUCCAGUGUCCACAACGAGCCGAUGGAGUCUCUCUGCGAACGUGUCUAUCAGAUGCAGUGCUUCAAGGACGAGUACAAGCUGAACGAUUCGUCACAGCAGGGUCGUCAACUUAUUGAAGACUUUACACUGCAACAUCCGGGCUUUCUCUUGGCGGUGGAAUACCUGGAAACCAGCCGCAAUUACAUUUCGGUCCGUGAUUUGGCGGCGUUUGAUCCUUGCAUCAUCAAGACAGCCGAACAAUGGCGGAUAUUCUUGGGCGGUUUCUUUUACGUGCUGCAGUCUCUGAAUCCCAACAUCAUGUCCAUGCGCCAUGGCAUGAGCUCCAUGACGGAGUGCUUGGGGGCUUCCUUUGCCAACUACGACUCUCACGUGUAUGACAGACUAUUACACGAGCUACUCAGAUCCUAUCCCAAAAAUUCCAGAGAAUCUUUCUUUCUGAACUCGAAUUCAGUGGCAAACUUCUUGCUAUCUCUCUGGAAACCAUUCUUGCCCGAAAAGGUAGUCAGAGGGUUCCAGUUGGGGCACAAAGUAGAUGGUCACGAGGGAGAGUCAAUCAGGCAGCUGUACCAACAACCAUCACCGGAAGCUUCUCGGCAGAAGCUGAUCCACAAGGCCAAUGUCUUUCUACACUUGCGGUACUACAAUCAGACCAUUUUCUCUCUCGACCACUGCAUCAGGGUUUGA